CUAACUCUGUGAUGCCCUGUGCUAAGCGGGGCCUUUAACAUCACUGAAGAACUAUCGCAUGCCGAAGUAUGGCUCUCUUGGCGGUCUUUUUGACUCCCGGGGAUCUUAGAACGUCGCACACUAGGAGCAGAGCAGGUCGCCCGUGGAAUCCCAAUACGCGAAGGUUCGAGGGUGUGAAAGCAUCGUAAGCGAUCGCAGCGGUUUAUUGCGCUAACGAACGAUUCUCAUUGCCGCCAGGCGAGACUAUUCAUUGGCAGGCCGAGCGGUCUUCGUAUCGGUAUCAUUUACGGGCCGCGAAAGCUGAGUGAACCAGCCUAGCUAAUUAUUUUUCUUGAGUUGAUAAACAUUGAUAUCUGUCUCUCCAAAAUCGAAAUCCACCCAAUUAUUGUAAACCCAAACUGUGACUUAUACCCCAAAAAAUGGCGGAGGACAAGAACAACACCCAUUAUUUCCUCGAUGGGAACCCCGAAGAGCUUGAGCGCCUGAAGCUUGGACACACUGUCAUCAGAGCUUGCAUGCAACAGAAGCUCAUUUUGGCUCACCUAGACCUCAGCAAGCCUGGUCUCCAAAUUCUGGACUCCGCAACUGCCGAUGGUAUCUGGCUCCAGAGUCUCCAGCAGUGUAUGAUAGGGGCAGGGUACAAUGACACUGUAUUGAUCGGGACAGACAUUACCGAUAUUUACUUUCCACGCCCACCGCCUGAGGGGAUCUCGUUAUAUACGCAGUCUAUGACAAAGCCAUGGCCGGUGGAGUGGGACUCACGCUUUGAUCUCGUUCAUCAACGCAUGGCUCUUCCUGCUGCAAAUAAGACGACUGUCCAUGAUACUGUGCGGGCUUUUGUCAAUCUCGUGAAGCCAGGUGGCUGGCUCCAGAUGGUAGAACCAGAUCACUCCAUCACGCGGGGCCCAGCUAUGGCCGACUUCUUUCGUCUACUUUCGGACGUUUUCAAGUUCAUGGAAACGGGUGCAGACUAUGCUCCGCAACUGAAGACCUGGUUCACCGAAAUGGGACUGGAGGAUGUCGAGGAACAAAUUUUUGACGUGCCUAUUGGCAAAAACAGUCCGACGGAGGACCUUUGUGUCAAAAGCACCCGAAUGAUCGAGUUGGUAAUCAAAGGACUGACCCAAGUAGCAAGCAGCAUUCCAACGUCUUUCUCCGCUGAAGAUCUCGACAAGCUGGGCUCCAGAGUAGUAGGGGAAGUUCUACAGACUGGUGGGGUUUUUCGCCUGCACUGCGUGUGGGGAAGAAGAUCGUUGCCCAAUUGA